UAUUGUUGUGUAAUCGUGAUUAUUAAUGCACACUCGUAGAAGUUAGUUUAACUAUCUUUAACAUUAUAUGCACAGUAUUUUUUCUUAACAUUUUAUUCUCCAAGUUUUCGCACGAUUUCCGAUUUAAAAAUCAACCAAGAGAACUACAGUUCCCUUUAGUCGUUGCGCUUACUUCCGCCUGAAACAAACCAUACAUGCACGGAUAUAAUCUAAAUCUUUAAAAACUCGUUGGAUUUUCAAUCAGUAUUGUGUAUAACGUUAAAAUUUACAUUCGACUUUGAUUUCGCAGCGACAAGCAAUUCAUAGUAUUUCAGACUUCUCGUACCAUAUCUACCUUCCCGGAAGCACGGGAGCGCUAUCCAUGGUGCUAUGGCUGAGGAAAAAGAGUCCUGCAACAAGAUCCGAGAGGGUCACACCUUGCUGCAGGUGUCCAACACACAUGGACUUCAGUUGCUGGGUCUACUCAGGUCAUUUCGGGAGCGAGGCCUACUGUUCGAUUUCACCAUAAAAGUCCAGGAACAUAUUUUCCCCUGUCAUCGCUGUGUUCUUGCUGCAUGCAGUGAUUUCUUCAGGGCCAUGUUUGAAGCAGCUAUGCGAGAACGUGACGAUGGUUCUGUAACAUUGUGUAACCAGUGUCCGGUUGUGGUGGAGUCCUUCCUGGAUUUUGCCUACUCUGGUGAAAUUCUUAUCACAGAAGGGAACGUAGACUCUCUGUUUCAACUUGCCUCCUUUUUGCAGGUGUCAGUUCUAUCCAGAGCCUGUAGUGACUUCUUGUUAGGAACGAUAGAUCUUGGUAACUGCCUGUCACUUUUGGCCCUUGCUGAAGCAUAUGGCUCAGCCUCCCUCCUCCGAAGUGCCACCGACUUUGUGGUUCAAAACUUCCAAGCCCUUUCUGACACACAAGAAUUCCUGGACAUGCAGGUGAAUGUGUUGGAGGAGUGCCUCAGGUCAGAUGCCCUCUGUGUGGCCAGUGAGGAGGCUGUGGUCAUGUCACUUCUAAAAUGGAUCCGCCAUGACCUUCUCGGAAGACAGAAGCUGCUACCCACAUUGCUAUCUCUAACGAGACUUCACCAGCUACCGCCACAUGCAUUUCAGUCUCUUCGUGAUUCAGAUCUGCUGAGCGGCAAUCAUUCCUGUAUGGCUCUGAUCUCCGAGGCUCGGAGCAGACAAAGUCAGCACAGUGGAUUGUUCACCGAUGCCAGACCUGCCACCACACAGAGCUACAUUUAUAUCCACAAGACGGAGGAGAACGGAGUUGUCCGCCACUCUUUCUGCUACUGUUUGGAAACAGACCGGUGGACGGAGCUUGAAUUCAACCAGGAGGAUGGAACAAACAAAAUGCCAGAUCUGCCAGGCUCCCAUCUGACUAGCUAUGCUGAGAAGAUGUUUAUCACUGGAGGUUGCCGUGGAAACUGUUACCGGGCAGUACGAAUCCACGUGGCGGAGCCUUCCCAUGAUGCUACCGAUGAGGUGUGGUGCUUCUCCCCUGUAACAAGAACCUGCACACCUGCUCCAGCGAUGCCGAAACCCCGAACCAUGCACACAGCAGUGGUCUGUCUGGACCGAGUUUAUGUCAUUGGAGGGCGGACGAAGGGACACAGAGGGGCUGCUCCCGGUCUGCUAGAGGUGGACUAUUAUGACCCAUUGGCCAAGAGCUGGUUCUCAGUCAGUCCUCUGCCAACUGCAAUCUUCUAUCCUGAGGCCAGUGCUUGUGGCAGCGUUAUCUACACACUGGGGUCGGAGGUGGAGAUAACCGACUCCUUCAAUCCCUCACUUGACUGUUUCUUCAGCUAUGAUGCCCAACAGGACCAGUGGUGUCGCCUGGUGGCAGAGUUUGGCCAGUUUUUCCAUGCAACGCUGGUAAAGGCUGUCUCAAUUCAUAAAACACUGCACCUCUGUGACCUGUCCACUUACAAGGUGUACAGUUUCUGUCCAGAGACUUGUGUGUGGAAAGGAGAGGGAUCAUUUGAGUGUGCGGGGUUCAAUGCUGGAGCAGUUGGUAUACGAGACAAAAUAUACAUUUUAGGUGGUGAUUAUUCCCCUGAUGAGAUUACAGAUGAAGUCCAGGUGUAUCACAGUGACAGGAGUCAAUGGGAGGAAGUGGCGCCCAUGCCCAGAGCUCUGACUGAAUUCCAUUGCCAGAGCAUCAGUUUCAACAGACACACUAACCCGUGGAGUGAUAUAGAAUGAUGUACACAGGUGGCAAGUUGAAGGAAAGUAAAUUCCAACUGCAAAUUUUCAGAUUCAAUCACCAAAAAAUUACUAUAUAACACAAUGCAUUAUUUUAUUUAUCAUUUUUAUUUAUUAUUUAUAUAGCAGAGGGACCUCUUUUUAUAUGUAC